GAGGGCAGCGGGCCCGCGAAGAGCGCCCUGCGCCCCGGACAGGUAAGCCGGCCGGGCAGCCACCGCUAGAUGGAGACGAGAGGGCCGGACGUGCCUGUGGCUGGAGAGCAACUGGAGUUGCUGUCCCCUCCUCCUCCUCCUCCUGAAAAGUUAAGCUCACACGGAAAAAAGGACAGAGAACAAAGAUGGAUAUACAUAAUAUCAGUUGGAGCUGCCAUGGUGGCUAUACUUACUGCCUUCAUCAUCAUCUGGAUAGACUACCAAUUACAUAUUGCAGAAAUGGAGCUGCAAAGACACAAUUGCGUUUGUCCUCCAGUGUUUUCUGGCCCAGCGUGCCCAGAUGAUUGGAUUGGGUAUCAAGGGAAAUGCUACUAUUUUUCAGAUGUAAACAAAGAUUGGCACUUCAGCCUGAAUGCCUGUUCUUCUCAGAACGCCUCUUUACUCACUUUCAGUCAUGAUAAAGAAAAGGAUUUUGUGAUGCGUUUUCAACACAAACAAUCAACAUGGCUUGGUCUUUCGAAAGGUCCAGACCAGCUCUGGAGAUGGACAAAUGGGGGAAACUCAACUGUUCCGGUGGUGACUGGCGAAGGAGAUUGUGCUUAUUUAAAUAAAGAUGGUGGUGCCACUGGUGCGAGGUGCACCACAGAACUGAUUUGGAUUUGUGUCAAGCCUGAUAUAUUUAAUAGACAAAAUGGAACACAGUGAUCUGCACGGUAUCCUGCAAACCUCUUUUGCUAAGAUGUUCAGAAAAACAUUUGUUUUUCUGUGGUAAGAAUGUUAUCUAUAUGGAUGGUGACUUGAGAAUGUGAAGCAGAGGUCAGGGGCUUCCUGAUGCUUGGUUUCCUGCUUUAGCCAUUGAGCCAUGGCCUGAUCUGACACUUCCUGCUUGAAAAGGGAGGAGGGAAAGCUCAGUAUUGAAUUCAUGAGAGACAAGAGCUCAGCUUUGGGAUUUUAUUUGAGUUUUUGGAAUACAGGCCCAGAAAUACCUCAAGCACCAAGGCCUGUAACUAGGGUGUUCUUGGAAGUACAUUCUCCCCUCUAAAAAUGUUUACCUCUGUGUCAACUACACUGUUUACUUCGUUUCGUCGUUUAGUCGUGUCCGACUCUUCAUGACCCCAUGGACUAGAGCACGCCAG